CGGAAGUGGAAACCCAGUGCGCCGCGUUCCCUCAGACGCCGCUUCCGGCGGGACGGGACAAGGAGCUCCACCGCCCAUGACCGGUAGCUCCGCCGGGAUGUUCUCCUAAACCGGAAUAAUAAUUCCUUGUUGUUUUUUUUCCCUUUUGGAUUUUAAAUACCCGCCUCCCCUUGGUUUUGUGCUGUUGGUGAAGGAGCCUGACGAUGGAUUAAGGAAGGCCGGGGAGCCGCGGACGGCGUUUUUCGCCCCGGUAUUUUUUUGUUUUCGUUUUUUUUUUAAGCGACCCAUUGAGUGAUUUGCUUUGUUUUUAUCGAUGAUGUGUUUUUGAUUUCAUUCAUAUUUUUCUCUAUUAUUGAAAAUAUCCAGGCCCCACGUUUCUAGUCUCCGUUACCGCACUGUCACCGUUAGCUUCUUUUAUAAACUAGAGCUGCUGCUGCAGAGACAAUGGCUUCUUCUUCAGGGAACGAUGACGAUCUUACUAUCCCCAGGGCUGCAAUUAAUAAGAUGAUUAAAGAAACUCUGCCCAAUGUCAGGGUGGCUAAUGAUGCCCGGGAGCUGGUGGUGAACUGCUGCACCGAGUUUAUUCACCUUAUCUCCUCGGAAGCCAACGAGAUCUGCAACAAGUCCGAGAAAAAGACAAUCUCCCCCGAGCAUGUAAUACAGGCCUUGGAGAGUUUGGGCUUUGGCUCCUACAUCAGCGAGGUAAAAGAAGUCUUACAAGAAUGCAAAAAGGUGGCAUUAUCGAGACGAAAAGCGAGUUCUCGUCUAGAAAAUCUUGGAAUUCCAGAAGAAGAGCUUCUACGGCAACAGCAAGAAUUAUUUGCAAAAGCCAGACAGCAGCAAGCAGAACUAGCCCAACAAGAGUGGCUCCAAAUGCAGCAAGCGGCACAGCUUGCAGCUGCGUCUGCCAGUGCAUCCAACCAGGCAGGCUCCUCUCAGGAUGAGGAUGACGAUGAUAUUUAAACGUUGCCUGCUGUGUUUCUACUCGCCUUUACAAAUAUUUUUCGCAUGCACAAACCAUGAAGAAAUGCUUACUUGUACAUUUUUUUUUUUAUGCGUUAUGGUGGACUGAUUGGUAUUCUAGGGAUGUCUGCUAAGUCUCCGCUAUUGUAUGCUUUAUGUUGAUGUAUGUAAAUUGUCCUUUUGAACUGUCAACAAUUUAAGGUUCAGUAUCAUAAGUAGAAGAUUUUUAAUGGUCUUUAUGAAAAUUUUAUAUUAGCAAUGAGUCAUUUACUUGAUCAGUAAACAGUGUUAAACAAGACUACAACUUUAUUAAGUAUAGUGAGAUUUAUACAGAAGCUCUAAAACAUUUGCAUAUUCCAUUUUAACUAAGAUUAAAAAAAAAAGAAUAAAAAAAUAUAUAUCUUAGGGGCUUUUUUAAUUUUUGGGAAUUGGGCAAGGACAUUGAUCUGGCAGGCAAAUGAUCAAGUUCGAAAGAUGUCCGUAAAGCAUGUCUUAAAUGCUUACUUUUUUAGGGGAGGACUAAAACCAUUAUACAUUGUAAUACAGAUCAGGUGUUGGGUGUGCACAUCCACGUGUAAACAGAAUAAACUAAAUUAGGGUUUUGAAAAGAGGAAAAUGUAAAUUACCCUUUAAAUUUUCAUGAGUUGAGUACAUUUCUAGGAUAUCUAUUGGCUGUGGGUUUUUUUUGUUUGCUUUUUAAUAUAACUAAGAACUUGUUAAUAAAAUAUGUAUGUGAAAUCCACUCAGUUUUCAUGAGCGAUUCACAGAAUAAACAUUUUGAAAUUUUCUCAUAGGCCAAUGAUGUGGUUAAGAAAGCAGAUUACUUUAAAAUAUAUUUAACAUGGCACAGCAAUUAACGUGCAUUACUUAGGCAAUAACAAAAUGUGCCAGAAAUCCUGUAAUAUCUUCACUUUGGUUUGUGCGGGUACAUCCCAUUUACCGUGUAGAUUUGUGCAGGGAGUGACAACUUUUUUUUUUUUUUUUUUUUUUUUUUUUUUUUUUUAGGAAAAAUGAAAGCAUAUCGAGGUUAAUCCCUGCACAUUUUUCCAUAUAAACACUUUAACUAUCUUUAGUCAGGGUGAAAUAUUACUGGGGUAAAAAAUGUACACACUUUCUGUAAUUUCCAUGUUUUAAAGCGAUACCCCGGUUAAAUAAGGCUUUUAAAAUGUAUUAUUUUAUUAAAUUCCCAACAUUAUUAAUUGCCUGAAACCAUUUUGUACAUUUUAGCUUUCAUUUGUGAUCAAUUCAAAGUUUAGGGAAUAUUAAAAAAAAAAAAAAAGCCAAAAUACACAGAAGUUAGAGAGAAAUGUGAAUAUGGGUCGCUGUUGCUCACACAAUACCUUUGUGUUUAACUUUGUGAAUGAAAAGAAGCAAACUAUAAAUAUGUGAAGAUUUCACCAGAGGAGAAAAAGUUUCUGUUUACUUAACCCACUUAGGUGUAAAGUUUAAAUUUCUUACAGUCAUAGCCAAAAAAAUAAAUAAAAUGCUUGUGGAAAAAGUGUCAAACUAGAGUUCGUUCAGGUAAAAAAUAAUUCACAUGGUGCAUAGGUUAACUUGUCGGAACUAAGGGCCUUAUGUAAAUAUUGCACGCUUUACAUGUUUUUAGUUUCACUUUUAUACAGAUUUGUUUUCAUAUUUUGGCUCUUAAUUUUUUUUUUUUUAAUCUUUUUUUUUUUUUGGUCCAAUGCAUCAUUGUAAUAUGUAGAUGAUAACUGCAGGAUACUAUGAAAAUCUGCAACAUUGUGUCAUAUUAUCAAAUUAUUAUUAUUUUUUAACUCUACCAGGCGGGGAGACAUACAUACACAUAUAUCUAUAUAUCUUGUGUAUAUAAUCAGGCCAUGUGGACAACAAGGGUUUGUUCCCCAGUGUUUCUAAGGUGUUUUUUUUUAGACUUGUGCUGUAAAACCUUGUUCAUGACUUUUUAGUCCUCUGCGUAAGUUUAAAAUAUUGCUUAGAGACAAAUACUUUAGUGCAAUAUUUGUAUUCAAAUGAGGCAAGGAUUAAGUAGACUUUUUCCUAAGAGCAUAAUUUUCUUAGUUUAUGAGCUACCUAAGAAAUCUUUAUUUGAUAGGAUAUUGAAGUGAAAAAGGAACUGAUGGGUAUUGUUAGCGCUAAACACCCCAAUAAAUGUAUUUUUUUUUUUAUUCAUUUUCAGCGCUGGAAAAAGUUUCAGGCCAGCCCCCUGCUGGGAUGACUGCGAAAUUGCUGCAUUCAGUCUGAAUAGCUGUUAAAUGACAGGUCACUCUGAAAGUAGGCGUUUUUCAACCCUGCAAACGGGAUAUGCCCAAAAUCCAGUUCUUUUUUUAUGUCUUCUUCACCUACAGCUAGUUGCACUUUUACGGGGCAGUUGCUAAAAAAAAUGCUCUGUUGAUUUAGAGCAUUCAUUUUUUUUUAAUUUUAUCACUCUUUAAGACCUCAUUGAAUGAAUAUAUUUUAUAUUUAAGGAAAAAUGUGCAUAAUUGUAUAAUUUAGGUAAAAAGUGUCCUAAGAAUAUGUAUUACCAACCUUUGUUUACAUUCUUUGUAGGCAAAAAAUCCUGCUUAGUAACGUUUAUCUGAACUUCAAAUGUUUGCCUUUCUACGUAGCAUCUUUCCUUUUAAAAAGAAAAAUCUACAGAGGACGUAAAUGUUUUCACUAAAGUUGUAUUCUAAUGGUUUGAAAUAUCACUGCAUUAUAUGUUGCCUGGAACCCGGUGAUGUUUUCUUUUGAAAGGUUUUUUUUUUCUUUAAUUUUUUUUCAAUAUGCUGUAUUCUCCAAGCAAUAAAAUUUCUGUGUUUUUAUAAAAA